AUGGAGGAAGAAGGGCAUAAGGUCAAUGAUUAUACUAACGAGGACACUGAUUACACUGAUGAUGAAGACUACAACGACGAGGACUACACUCCAGAGUUUGAGACGGCGUCUAAACGUCAGAAGCGCCACACCCCGGAGCAGAUCCAAGAACUGAGAGCUGCAUUCCAACGGUAUGACCACCCAGAUCAGCCGACACGGCGGGUGCUCGGCGCAAAGAUUGGCCUGCAGGCCAGACAGGUGCAGUACUGGUUCCAAAACCAGCGCUCCCAGAUGCAGGCGAAGGCUCUGGUGCACAACAGUAAGGUGUUUCAGCACGAGAACGCUGUACUGAUGGCCGAGAACGUGUCACUCCGUCAGGCCAUACUAACCAAGUCCUGCUUCACGUGCGGCGGCGCGACGGUGCCCAUCGAGCUGACGGCCGAGAACCGGCGCCUGGUGAUGGAGAACGCGAGGCUCAGAGACGAGAACAUGCGCGCCACCGCCCUGCUGAACCAGAUCUUGCUCUCGGUGCCCCCGGCCGAGCGCCCACCAGUCAUCACCAGCGGCCGCCCCGCCGUGCUGUCCGCCAGCGAGGGGGCCAGAAGGGCCGACCGCGCCGCUCGUCUCCGUGCGCACGCGGAGGCUGCCAUGGACCAGUUCCUGCUGCUGGCGACCAAGGGGGAGCCGUUGUGGUUGCCCACCCCGGACGGAGAGGUGCUGAGCUACCUGGGGUACCAAAAGAGAGCACUCCCGGUGCACCAUGGGUUCUGCCCGGACGACGAAUUCGUCGUGGAGGCCACCAGGGAGACUGGCAUGGUCAGAGCCUCUGCCGGCGCUGCCUACCUCGUCGCCAUCCUCACAGACGCGAAGUGCUGGUCCGAGAUGUUCCCUAGCAUCGUGGCGGGUGUGACCGCCAGGAGUGAUGCUGCCAUCUUCAGUGGCAAUUUCGGCUCCCGUAUUCAGCUGAUGACCGCAGAGCUGCUGGUGCAGUCGCCACGUCUGCUCAACCGCAGAAUCAACUUUCUAAGGUAUACCAAGCCAGUGGCGGAGGGGCAGUGGGCUGUGAUGGACGUGUCCGUCGACGCCAUCCUUGGACCGCCAGGCAGCCGCAUCAUCGCUGAAGCUGCCGUUGCAAACAACACUGUUGUGCCGGCGUCGUACACGGGCUGGAGGCUGCUGCCGUCCGGCUGCCUCGUUGAGGACAUGCCCAAUGGCUACUGCAAGGCAAGUGCAAUCACAUGGGUUGUCCACGCGGAGUACGACGAGACCACCGUGCCAACAAUGUUCAGGCCACUGUUCCGCUCUGGGAAGGCUCUCGGCGCACACCGCUGGCUCGCGUCGCUCCGGAGGAAGUGCGAAUACCUCGCUGCUCUGCACUCCAGCCAAGUCCCAAGAAACGACAACACAGCAGCUGCCAUUUCGUCAAUGGGGAAGAGGGGGAUCUUGAAGCUGGCCCAGAGGAUGAUGGCGGUUUUCUACUCGGCUGUCUCUGGUCCCGUCACUCAGCCGUCUAGCAACCUCUACGAGUGGCCUGCAAGUACCGGCACGGGCUCCGGGAGCACUGACGCAGCUGUGCGCAUGGUGACCUGGAAGAAAGCCGGCAGCGUGGCUGACCUGGUGCUGAGCGCCAGCACCACGGUGUGGCUGCCGAACACGCCGCCGCAGCUUGUAUUCCAGUACCUCUGCGAUGGCCAGCGCCGCGGCGAGUGGGACGCCUUCGCCAAUGGCGCGGCGGUGACUGAGCUCUGCUCUGUGGCCACGGGCCAUCUCCAUGGCAAUGCUGUCUCCGUGCUCAACUCCAAUGUGACCGAUGGAAUCGACAGCAAAAAGGUGCUGAUCUUGCAACAGGCGUGCACCGACGCGUCAUGCUCCAUGGUGGUCUACGCUCCUGUCGAAGAGGACUCCAUGCGUGCGGUCAUUAACAGUGGUGACCACGCCUCCAUCUUCCUCCUGCCGUCUGGGUUCGCCGUCCUCCCGGAUGGCCACGGCAGGGCUCGGCAUGCUCCGAGCUCCUCCAGCGCGGUCGUCGGCCGCGACAACACUGCUGGUUCCCUCCUCACUGUGGCAUGUCAGGCACUGCUGCCCGGCUCAUCCCCAUCGGAUAACCAUGUCACCGCCGAGGCCUUUGACGACGUUGGCAAGCUGCUCUGUCGUGCACUGAAGAAGAUCAAGGCUGCCGUCAAGGCCAACAUCGUCAUCCCAGCUUGA